GCCCGCCCUCCGGCCCUCUCCACGACCGAAAGGCGACUCAAGGGGCAUCUCGCUAGCGAAGGGGCCUGAGCGGGACCCCCACGGUCACGCUCGCAGCCGCAGCUGCCUGGGGUUGGGAGGUGUAGGCGCACUGCCGGAGGCCGGGCCAGGGUUGGGCCGGGCGCGUGGGAGCCAGGAGGGGGUUAACGCUAACCCCUCCCCCCGGGCUGACAUCACGGGAGAGCGGGUGAGAGGCUGGAUCGGCGAGUGAGAGAAAGAGAGGGAGAGCAGCAAGCGCGGCUCGCCUCGGCUCCCAGGCAGCUCCACAUUGUUGCGGAUCGCCCGCACCGGGCGCAGCGACAGCUUUGGGGACCCGUGGCGCACCCGGCUCGCUCCCCUCGCUCCUCCAAGACCGCUUAGCCCGGAGCCUCGAGGGCAGCUGGCCGCCGAAGCCGCACACCAUCGCCUGGGCCCCGAGCCCUCUGCACCGCCCGGCCACCCUCGGAGAACGGCCGGCCAUGGACGCCUGCAAGUUGGAGCCGAGCGGGAGGGUGUGAGCGCGCCCAGGGCCGGGAGCCUGCGCCGCGCUAGCCGGGCAGCCGGGCGCGCCGGGGGUGGGUCCCUCUCCCCAGCCCCGCUCUGCGUGGAAGAAGAGGGCGGGGACCGGGGCAAGGAGGAGAGCGGAGGAGGCGAAGGGGGCAUGACUCGUGCAACUUGCGGCGGGCAUCUGCCGAGGUUCUGAGCCGGCGGCUGCCGGGGCCCGAUUGCGGCCGCGCGGAUCCCACACAGCCCAUCCCGCCCCGGCCGACGGCUGCGGCUGACCUGGAUCCUCCGAGCGCCAGCCGGCCGCCAGCGAUUCGCCCUCGUCUUCCAGGCUGGUUUCUGGAGCGCGAGGAGCGCCCUCCUGGCCGCCCCUUUCGCCGGACCCCCGCCCUCCGAUGGCUCGGAUGGGGCUUGCGGGCGCCGCUGGACGCUGGUGGGGACUCGCUCUCGGUUUGGCCGCCUUCUUCCCAGGCACUCGCACGCAGGUGGUGCAGGUGAACGACUCCAUGUAUGGCUUCAUCGGCACAGAUGUGGUACUGCACUGUAGUUUUGCCAACCCACUGCCCAGUGUGAAGAUUACCCAGGUCACAUGGCAAAAGGCCACCAAUGGCUCCAAGCAGAACAUGGCCAUCUACAACCCAACUAUGGGCGUCUCCGUGCUGCCCCCCUACGAGAAACGAGUGGAGUUCCUGCGACCCUCCUUCAUUGAUGGCACCAUCCGCCUCUCCCACCUGGAGCUGGAGGACGAGGGCAUGUACAUCUGUGAAUUUGCCACCUUCCCUACAGGCAACCGUGAGAGCCAGCUCAAUCUCACUGUGAUGGCCAAACCCACCAACUGGAUCGAGGGCACCCAGGCAGUGCUUCGAGCCAGGAAGGGACAGGAUGACAAGGUCGUGGUGGCCACCUGCACCUCAGCCAAUGGGAAGCCUCCCAGUGUGGUGUCCUGGGAAACACGACUAAAGGGCGAGGCAGAGUACCAGGAAAUUCGGAACCCCAAUGGCACAGUGACAGUCAUCAGCCGUUACCGCUUGGUGCCCAGCCGGGAAGCCCACCGGCAGUCCCUGGCUUGCAUCGUCAACUAUCACCUGGACCGCUUCAGGGAGAGCCUCACACUCAACGUGCAGUAUGAACCUGAGGUGACCAUUGAGGGCUUUGAUGGCAACUGGUACUUGCAGCGGACAGAUGUGAAGCUUACAUGCAAAGCGGAUGCCAACCCCCCAGCCACCGAGUACCACUGGACCACGUUGAACGGCUCUCUCCCCAAGGGUGUGGAGGCCCAGAACAGAACCCUCUUCUUCCGAGGACCCAUCAACUACAGCCUGGCAGGAACCUACAUCUGUGAGGCCACCAACCCCAUUGGCACCCGCUCAGGCCAGGUGGAGGUCAAUAUCACAGAAUUCCCCUACACCCCGUCUCCUGAACAUGGGCGUCGUUCCGGGCAGGUGCCCACAGCCAUCAUUGGGGGUGUGGCAGGGAGUGUCCUGCUGGUGCUGAUUGUGGUUGGAGGGAUCGUGGUGGCCCUGCGCCGGCGCCGGCACACCUUCAAGGGUGACUACAGCACCAAGAAGCAUGUAUACGGCAAUGGCUACAGCAAGGCAGGAAUCCCCCAGCAUCACCCGCCAAUGGCCCAGAACCUGCAGUACCCAGAUGACUCAGAUGACGAAAAGAAGGCCGGACCACUGGGCGGGAGCAGCUAUGAGGAGGAAGAAGAGGAGGAGGGCGGUGGAGGGGGCGAACGCAAGGUGGGCGGACCCCACCCCAAGUAUGACGAGGACGCCAAACGGCCCUACUUCACUGUGGAUGAAGCUGAGGCCCGUCAGGACGGCUAUGGGGACCGGACUCUGGGCUACCAGUAUGACCCUGAACAGCUGGACUUGGCUGAGAACAUGGUUUCUCAGAACGAUGGGUCUUUCAUUUCCAAGAAGGAGUGGUAUGUGUAGCCCCGCCUUCUGUAGCCUCUGUCUGUGCCCACCUCUCCCUGGCCCCUACCCGCACGCCCCCUGCCCACCCCCACAGCCCACUGCCCCAGGAGCUCGACAGAGACUUGACCAGCUGCCCUAAACCAGCCCCAAACUCCUGGGGAGCCAGGGGAGCUCAGGGCAGACCCCACUUGGCUUCGUUUUUUUAUUUCCUCCGUCUCCCACCCUUCCCCACGGUGUUGUGUUCGCCUGUGACUUUGGUGUUGCUGUAUCUUUCCUUUAAGGACCCCAUCCACUGCCCUCUGUGUAGGGAGCCCUGUUCUUGUCUUGUGUGCUUGGGCACCCCUCCAGGGUUUGGGGACCAGUCCUCUCCUACCCCCAACACUGGAAUUUGUUUGUGUUCUUUUCACGGGGAUGGGGGGCAAAGGGGGCUUCGAGAUGAGGAGCACCCUCACCCUGCCCCAUAUGCUGCUCCUCUUCCCAGAGAGAAGUAACCCAAUGCCCCCCCUACUCUAAGCUGAUGCAGCCAGUGCACCUAAGAGGCUUAAGGGGAGUUCUCCAUGGUACCUAGGGAAGUCUUGUCUGUGAAAUAAUGGAACUGAGGUUCCUACUGGGGUCCUGGGCAGUGUGUUUUCCUGCUGAGGGUGGCUUUAUAUUUUCUUUUUUUUUUUCCAUGUGGUCUACACAAUGGAGGUUGACCUAGCUCUCCUAUAUGCCUUCCCUUUGUCCCCAGUCCAUCCUCUACCCACAGUUCCUGUAUGCCUCUGCCAACACAUGCACACACACCUGGGCCUAUGCCAAUCUCCCCCAGUGCUCCCACACCCUGCCCAGGCUAAACGCUGUCCCAGGCCCCACCCUCUGCUUCGGCUCUUACUCCUUCCCAGUUCAGGGAAGGGUCAGUCCACAGCAGUAUACAGAGACAGUGAGGAUGAACAAACACACACACACACACACACACACACACCGCCACUCUAAGAUGUCAGUAUAUAGCGCCAGCCUUUCAAACGAUGUGCACAUUUUUCAGAUUUCUCUUUAUCUGUCAACACUUGACUCUUCUGGAAAGUCGGGGCUGGGAUCCCAGGAAGGAAUUGGAGGCAAAGAAGUAUUUAUAUGGCGAAGGCAGCCUCACAGAAGCUCUGCAAACACAGUCUGGUAGACUGAAGGAGACUGCUAACAUCUCACUCAGGAAGGCCAGCAUAGACGUCACAGGUCUCAGAGAAAGUGCAGGGGUACCCAGGAAACUGCUGCUGGUCCACAGUCCGACCCUACUCAGUUUCUCCUGGUGCCGUGUUGAGAUGCGGGGUCCAUGGAAGGCCUCCUUUACAUGCAGAGUCCCUCUUUGACUGGGACUCUGGAUUCUUCAGCCAUUCGUGGCUGGGUUAUCCCUUGAGUGCAUGGAGAAAGGCCCCAUCCCAGCCCUCUGUCCCCAAGCUCAAAGUGCCUCAGUUUCUCCAUCUAUGCCCCCAGAUCUCCCACAUUCUAAAUGGGCAUGCCUAUGCCCUGGGGUAGGCAAACUGGUUUGCAAGAGCCCUAGGGCCUUACAGCUAGGAUCUCAGCUAAUUUAGCCCAAGGUGACACUCUGAGGGACAGCAAGUGUUGGGGAGAGGGGAGGCAGACCAUUCUGUGCCCCACGGGCACUGACCCACCCUGCCAUAGGCUUCCUAAGGGAGCCCCAACCCUCACUCAACUCCCCUCCCUGGUGCUGCUAUUGAAUUCCCCGUUCUCUGGCACCCCUCAGCCUACCAGCUGGGGCCAUUUUGCCAGGCCCUCACUGCCCUAGUCCCAGCCCAGGCCGCCCAGUAGCCACGUAGCAGAAGUCUGAAGCCAUGCCAGCCCUGUGGCAACUUUCCCCUCUUGGCAUUGGGGACACUGGAUGGGGUGGAGUUUGGGGAAGAAAAUUCUGGGGCCUUUCUAGCCACAGGGCAGAAGAAGAUGGGGAAGCUGGGCUGCUCCUCCCAGAAGUAUUAAUGUCCCUCCUGUGUCACAUCAGUUCCCUUCUCAUGCCCAUUCUGACCCCUCUGCUUGGUCCCCUUACCCCAAAGGCAGGAGGCAGAACCUUAACUGCCCCAUAGAGGUAUUUCUGUCUCUAUGGAACUAUAAGACUGAAAGGAUCCUCCUGCAUCCCUCAUACCUUUCACUGUCAACCCCCCCCCCCCCUUCCUUAUUUUGUGAUGGACUGAGGAGGCCCUGGGCCAGAACAAAGCACCUACGCCCCCCUUUAAGACACCCGCACGCCUUUCCCCCAAGCAAAGCACAAUUUAUGGUGUCCAUGCAGCAGGAUCCCAGCUAUGGCACUGCUACGAGAGGAAAUGAGGCAGGGGUCAGUAGCUGGGCCUAAAGAGGAGGGGCUUUCUUUGCCCUGUGUUUGUGGGACAGUGGCUACCUCCAGCUGACAGUAGACGGCCCAGUGCAGCACAGCGAGGGCAUUCUGCUUCACCCAACCCAGGCUGAGCAUCUGCCUUACUGCACAGAGAAUAAACUUGGUGUGUUAACUGUGCCAAGGCCUCUCCAGGUGUCAUCUCUCGCUGUCCCUCCUCCCGCCCCUCUGCUGCCCCUGGACUCCUGUUUCCCUGCAGAUUUUGGUAUUGUUCUGAUGUCCAACGACCCCCUGAGCCUCUUUUACCAGAAGGACCUGAAAAGAACAGCAGCACACAAUCAGUGAACACGUGCCCAGCACACCGGCACGUGCCUUCCACAGACCAAGCACAGGCAGGCAUGUGUGUGCACAAGUACAUGCGGAAUGAGAAGCCCUUACUAAUGCUCAGGUCCAAGACAGAUGGACAGGGGCCCAAGCCCUGGGAAGGUGCCACCUCUGUCAGCCUCCCCACCCCCUCCCCAUGUGCCCCAGUCACUGGUGCAAUAACUUCUGCUACCCUCGAGGUGGGAGAAUCAGGACUAGUGUCAGGUGGGUGGGGCCACUCCUCUGAGCCCAGCAGAUACCACAUUCCCUUUCCUGGGAGGAGGGGGGGUGCUCCCAGGCCUCUGGGGAUCCAGGUAGAGGCUUCCCCAAGCCUGACUGCCAACUGAAAUACCCUCUCCUGGUGAGGGCAGUGACUCAAGCUGACCUGGGCCAGAGGUGAGGAACCCAGUCUCACUGAUGCUGCUUUCUGACCCUGGCUGUGAGGAAUGGGCUGGGGAGGGGGGGUGGUUAGUUUUGUUUUGUUUUGUUUUGUUUUUAACAAGUGGAAACAAAAUCCAGAAGAAGCUGCCACUCUCACCACUGAGUGUGGCUGGCUUCCUCUGCUUCAGUUUCUUCGUCACUGUUUUCCUCUUUGGUCUUGGGGACAGCCCAACAGAUUCUCCUGGUUCUGACCUGGGGGGGUCCCACCCCCUUUUACUUGUAUAAAAAAAAAGAUGGGUUGAAAAUGUACUGAGAAAAAAUGUACUUUUUUAUAAAUAAAGUGUUUAAAACAAA